AUGGCUAUGCAGGAGAGUCCCCUCGACGUGGUCAUCAUUGGCGCCGGGCUCGCCGGCCUUUUAGCCGCCCGAGUACUACGCGAGAAGCACAACGUCAAAGUGUACGAGCGGUCCUCUUCACCAAUCGAGGUUGGUGCCGCUAUUAAUGUCGGUCCAAAUGGUGUUCGGAUUCUCGACACCCUUGGUUUCGACCGUUCAAAAGCUGGGUCGCUUCCCGUUGCGGCUACCAAGGUCUUCACGAAGGAGGGCCAUCUGCAACUUGAUGAGAAAAAUAGCUAUGUAGAGAAAUAUGGCGCCGACUGGCUUUUUCAACAUCGGGCGGAUCUAAGAGGCGAGUUUCUCCGGCUGGCGACUGAAGAUACUGGUGUUUCUGGUAUUCCAGGGAGACCGGCUGAGGUGCUUUGGGAUCAGAAGGUCAUGGACAUCGAUCCAGAAGAGGGCAGAAUCACACUUGAAUCAGGGGAACAGGUCAAGGCAGAUCUCGUAAUUGCUGCGGAUGGCAUCAAGUCCAUGGUGAGGCCAUACGUCGUUGGUGAUGCUGCGUUCCAGACAGCGAGGCCAUCUGGCUUAUCAGCCUUUCGUUUCACACUAGAGCUUGACGACAUCAAAGCAGCUCUCAAGCGACUACCAGAAAUCUUACAAGCGGACCAGCCUACAUGCUUGUCCAUGGUGUAUUCAUUCGACAACAGCAUGCGAUCUGUUGUUAUGUAUCCCUGCCGGAACUUUGAGCUGUUCAACUUUGUGUGCAUCGUUCCAGACAGCAGCCUCAAGAAGAAGACAACAGAAUCUUGGACGGCAUCUGGGGAUGAGGAAGAGCUUAUGUCACUGUUCUCAGACUUUCCCUCUUGGGUGCACGAUUAUUUGCGAAUCGCAAAGAAUAUCAAACUCUGGCAGCUUCGAGACCAGGACCCGUUACCAACCUACAUUCGCGGUCGGACGGUUUUGAUUGGCGAUGCGGCGCAUGCGAUGACGCCUCACCAAGGACAGGGCGGAACGCAGGCUGUUGAAGACGCAGAGGGUUUCAGACUGUUUCUGCAGAAUGGCGUCACCAGUGAACAUGUUCCUGAGCUGCUGAGAGACUUUGAUUCUGUCCGUAGACCACGGGCAAGCCAGAUCCAGAAUAAUACCAGAAAGGCAAAGAACAAAAGGACGGCGGAGGAAGUGUACAUGUUUGAGAAGAUAAAUUGGACCUACGGUGGCAUUAUGGAAGAGCUCAAAGCCGUGAAAGAGACUACAGGAAUGCUGAUAUGUAAAUAG